AUAUUAAAUUUUGUAUGAAGUUUUUUUGUUAAGAAUAAGGUUUUUUCAAGCUUCUUAAUUGAAUAAUCUGUGUGCUUCAAGUCUUGAGUACAAAACGAUGGCAGAGACCCACAGCAAAGAAAACCAAGCCAAAAUGCUUGCAGACAAAUCCACCCAGCGUUUAAUCACGACGUUAAAAACGAUGGGUACAACCACACAGUCCAAGGACCUUACCGAAGAACAGAAGCAGGCCUUCCAAGCACUGAUGCGUAUGGCGGCCGACCCGAGCGGGUAUCAAUGGGAGCGGAGAGUAAAACAAAUGCAGUUUGUAGCGGCUCGCAAGGAACGAUCGGCACAACUAGAACGACAUAACAAUCAGCAGCAGCAGCAUUCUCAACCGCAAUCUGAACAUCACACAAAAACCAAAUUAAAGCACAGAGUAGCGGAAAUGCGAAGGCUUGGGAAGUUUCCACUUCCACCGGACAAAACCACACCGAAGGACAACGCUAGGCGAUACGGAUUUAUUCCGAAAUCGGAAAGGAGAAAACACCCGACGGAUUAUGCGAAAGUUUAAGGCUGUGAACUAUUCCACCGUUAAAAUAUAUAACAGUACCAGAGACAGCACCAUUCUAUUACCCUUAUUCUUGUUUUCGUUCGAAUGAUAUUCGUUCGAAAGUUAAGCCGAUUCGUAUUCUUGUUUUCGUCCGAAUCAAUUCGAACCUGCGAGCUCUCCUUCCUUUUGUUCAUUCGAAUAUGAGAAUAGUGCUACCCGAUUCGUUCGAAGCAAACUAUUCGUAUGAAUGCAGGAUACGGCCGUAAACAAGAAUAAAGGUGUA